AUGGGAAACCUAGAUCUCGCCCGCAGUAGCAAGAGUGCUGAGGCGAGUGCCGAGGCAGUAUCCAACCCUCCACCAUAUUCCUCUAUCGUCGAGCCCAUUGAUGAACCACCGACCUACCAACAACCAAAUGUAUCACACAGGCUUUCCCGAAAUGUAUCACCUAAAUCUGAGGAUACGUUGGAUAUUGAUGAAUGUAUCAACCACCUGAAAUUACUAUCUGCGAUCGCCAAACUUCGCAACUUGAUUAGAGGAACAGACAAACUCUUCGGAGUCCGCGAUAGUGAGGCCAGAAACUUUACAGACCCCCGAAAGCAAGCCCAGGCAGCUGCUCGCAUUCAGGAAAAGAGAUGGGCUGUUUAUGUGGCCAGAGCUGUUGACCGAUUUACUAUUUGGUGGCAGACUUGCCUACCGACUCUCAAUAACAGUCACAUCUCAAUGCUAGAUUACUCGUCGGGAGCCAAGAUAGCCUGGGCUGUUAAUAUGUUACCACCACUUGAUGUUAUCAUGGUCUGGCAUGCAUAUAUGCUUAACCCUCGUGCUUUUCUUGAAGAUUGCUUGCGUCAGUCCAAAAUGAGCUUCUGGGGUACCGGUAUGCCCUGGGAUAUAAUAAACGCAUCCAUCGACAACAAGACGCUUGUCUUCGACCCAGGAAGCGAAGCGAGGAUAAAUUUCGAGACAAGAACUGGUCAUUCCUGGGAAAAUAUUCAUGGAAGCCCCACAAAAUCACUAAUUUGCUUCCGUUGUAAGCAGGAAGUCCUUGUUUCCUGGACGGAAGGAUCAAUUGGAUGCGAUCCAGAUGUGGCUUUUGCACAUUGCGUUGGAUAUGCGGACAAAUCUUUGCGGGUUGUAUGCCCUGCCUGCAAAUUCAGUACUACACAUGAUUUGCUUCGCGUGCAAAAGUUUCGCAGUGAUGUGCAGAAGCUAUUGAAAGAUGAUUUGCCUAUGCCAGGCACGCUUCUGUCGCAGAAUGGCACCCCCGCCGACGAUGAAAACGGCGACAAUGUGUGUUUUCCCAACCGGCUUAUCAAGGAAGGCAUCAGAAGCGAGCUCUUGCAGCUUACGGAUCCCACUGAGAAUGAAAGCACCACCAUCGAAACCAUCCGCGACCAUCUCGAGGCAUUUUUGAAGAGCCGUUCCUUGUUGCGUCGCGUAAACAAGGCAACACUGACUGCUGGAAACUCGAGUAUGCCUGAGAGGAUAUCUCUUCGAAAUAUGCUCUCCAGAUAUUGGGACAACUCAUCUCCCUUCGCCAUUGACUUGAUCGGAGCUGUCAUACGACAAGGAACGUUUGUAGACAAGAUGGACAAUAUCGGUUGGAUACAUUCGCCAAGUUUGAGAUCGACCAUGAGCCACUUUAUCAACAAAUACGGCGUGUUUUUCCAAAUAAUGAUCAAGAAUAAAGGCCAUGCUGUUGUCCCCACUCUCGAUAUUGAUUUGAUUUGGCACACACACCAGCUUUCUCCCGCGCGCUAUUACGCUUUCUCCACUGCGCAGACAGAUGGCGUGUUCGUUAAUCAUGACGACAAAAUCGACGAGAUAAGGCUCAAUGACGCUUUCGCAUGGACCUCAAAGCAAUACCAAAAGCUCACCGGCGGCAAGAUAUACAGCGAAUGCAUCUGCUGGUAUUGCGAGGCGUUGCGGGAGUCCAACAAUCAGGGACUUGGCAGAUUGAUAUCGCCGUCCGCCAUGCAUGCCAAAAACAACGCUGUUCUUCUUCACGACAGUGCCAAUAUUACCUCCGGUGGGGACAAAGGCCAAGGGCCGCAUAUUUCGUCCCAUAAUGCAGUUCGCAUUCUGGCUCAGGCUGAUCCAAAGGCAAUGCAGACUAAGACCGCCCAACUUGAAUCGUGCUGGGAGAAAGCGCAGCGGCGGUCACACAAGCGCAGUGGGAGUAAAAGCGGUGGUGAAGACCCGCUUAAAAAGGCUUCUUACGGCCCCUAUGCGCGCGACCCAGAAAUUCUUCGCGAAGUAUAUCCCUGCAAUCCAGCUUGUGUGAAUAUCACCGCGGGCGUGGUGGGAGAUUGCAUUAGCGGAACACAGGGUGUCGGCCUUGCGCAAGGUGCAUGUGUGAGUGAGACCAUGUCUGCCCAGACCAGAGGGAAAGGUAAAAGCUUCUGUGCUGGCAUAGCAGGUUGUGGUAUGAGUCUCUAG